AGGCCGAAUUUAAACCAGUUUACAGCUGUUGGUCGGAGCGUUUUUCACACGCCCAACGGUCGAAGUGACUCACGCACGAGGAGGCUGCCACGCGCAGACCCUCUGAAGCUAGUAAACGUGUAGCUAGCCGCUGUAGCAGCAAUGAUGCCCUCUCCCUAAACUAUUACUAUGUGUCGUCUGUAUUCCUAAUAUGUUUUAUUUCACUAUUAACAACAACUUUGUAGGUUACGAAUUCUCAAUGUUGUAUCUUUCUCGUGUUAAAAACCAAAACUGGUCAUUCAGUUAUUUAACUUCUACACAUUUGCGUCUUAAUACUUCAAUAAAGUCUUUAGUUAUCUCGCAUGUAGCUAGCUAAGUCAGUCAUUUAUGCAAUAAUCAGAUAUGUAGACGUAUUGUUAAAUCAGUGGACAAACCUGCAAUCAUGAUAUAACUAUAUAAAAAACAACCUUAUUGCCAUACAUCAGUCCUAUGCAUUGAUUUGAUAAUUUGGUCACAGUGGCUUUACUAUAACAAACUGACAGUUGACAACAAAAUUAUUUAUGUCCAGUGAUGCCUUCAGGCUCAUCUGACUGACCUCUUUCAGGGUUCUUACGGUCAUGGAAAACCUGGAAAAGUCAUGGAAAAAACUUAAAUGAUAAAAGUUUGGGAAAAGUCAUGGAAAUUUGUUAUAAUCACAUGUUCAUUUACGCCGAGUUUGAAAUAAUUAAUAUGUUUUUUAAAGAAAGACGCUCAAAAUGUAAGCCGGCGUACGCUCAAGAUACGCAACAUUUUCUGAAUUGUUCAUGUUUAUACCGAGAUUUCAGUUUGGUUAUGGAAAUUUAGUUUAAAGUCAUGGAAAUCCAUUGGUCAACAUGUGUAAGAACCCUGUCUUUUAUCAAAAAAAUGCCAUUUUACUUCCUCGAAACACAAAUUAUUUUCCUGUAUACAAGUGUAUCUCCAAGGUUGUGAGGCUUCCUUUUGAGGCGGCAACAAUCCGAGGCACUGUGGUUUAUAAUAAUAAUAAUACAUACAAUUUCUAUAGCGCUUUUCAUAGUACUCAAAGACGCUUAAGUCUUACGUCUUUUGUCUUCUGUCUGUCUCUCAGAGCAGAGGCGAGGCCAUCUGGCUGCCCUGUCCAUCGCAGCCAUGGUCAUCCUCGUGGGAGCCCCUCUGUGGUGGCGAACAACCGAAACGUACCGCGCCUGGUUGCCCGUCAGUCAGAUAAACGAGUUGUCUAAUCUGCAGCUGCAGUUGAGCGCCGACGUGGAGGUUGUGUUUGCUCGUGGAACGGUGACACCGGAACAGCAGAAGAAGAUCCCACUGACACGGACGCAGGACGAGGAACACGCAGUAGACGAGGACACAGCGUUGAGGUACAGGUAUGAGACGAAGUACCGCACUGCUACAAUCAUGGAGGAGGACGGCCUGAACCAGCCCACUGCUGCAGAGGCCGAUCUAUCUCUGCACACACUCAGCGAGAGUCCGUGUGGCUCUUUGGUUGUGUAUGUGAUCCCAGAGUCAUCCUCACUGCUGCCUGAGGAUAUGGACGUGUAUGUCGGACAGCGGCGGACAGCCCUGCUGCGCAUCGGUGCCCAGAUGAAAGUGGGCAAGACACUGGAUCAACUACUGGCUCACCUGGAGCCUCGGAUCAAGCAGGUGCUGCAGGUGAUGUCUUUCAGCCACACCGACAUCAGCGCCGCCCUCAGCGACAGAGUCCGUCUCAGCCCCGGAAACAAGGAGGACAUCGCUGACAGCAUGAGAACCUUUAAGUCCAGCCCAGGUUAUGAGAUAACAUUCAGUCUGCUGAACCCUGACCCAAAGUCACACCGGCUGCACUGGGACAUCGAGGGCGCCGUGCAGACCUACAUCCAACCUAUGCUUACAAAACUGGCGCCCGUGGCCAACUUUAGCAUCGACUCUCAGACCUUGUACUACGCCAUGCUGGGUGUCAACCCGCGCUUUGACGGCAGCCUUGGUGCCUACACACUCCACUCCGACAGCCUGGCACAUGUGAUCAACCCUGUGGAGGCUAGACUGGGCUCAAACGCUGCAUCUUCCAACCCGGUGUUGAAUUUUCUUCUGUACGUCCCGGAUGCUCAGCAUUCCCCCCUUUACAUUCAGGACCGCAAGAAACGGGAAGUGCCCUCCAAUGCGUUUCACUCUCCACGUUGGGGUGGAAUUAUGGUCUAUAACGUGAAUAGUUUCUAUGGACCAGAGGUUGUAUUCCCUGUUGAUGUCAACAUCAACAUGGCCAAAGUCAUGGGAGUCUUUCUUGCACAGCUUCGACUGUUGCUGGGUGUCCAGUCGUCCACCGCCCCCUCUGGCUUCAUGGUGGCGCCAUGCGGGAGUAACGGGCUCGCCGAUUGGGAGCUGGACCGUCUCAUGUGGAGCCGGAGUGUGGAAAAUGUUGCAACAGCAACCACAACCAUCACAUCACUGGCACAGCUGUUGGACCAAAUCGGCAACAUUGUUAUCAACGACAACAUUGCCGAACAGGUGUCUAGUGCCGUCACGUCUGUUCAGCUGGCUGUGGCCGAGUUGGAGGCCGGGAACCUCCGCUUUGCUCUGCAGUACAGCAAGGAGGCUAUCCUGGCAUCAGAAAGGGCGUUCUUUGACCCUUCCCUCCUCCAUCUCCUCUACUUCCCCGACGACCAGAAGUUUGCCAUCUACAUACCACUCUUUCUGCCAAUGUGUGUGCCUAUUCUUCUGUCACUGCUGAAAAUAGUGUUGGACGCUCGCCAGAAACGCAGAGAGAAGCAAGCCAAAAAGGAUUGAGGUGAUGAACAGGUGGUCUGAACAAAACACACACUAAGAACUGUUUGGUCAGUGGCCUUGAUAUUUAGGGACAAAGGUAUGCAUGAAAAAAGACUCAUUUGCAGCAUUGGGGUGUGUAAAUUACAAAACUGUCGUGUAUGAUUUUAAAUGUUUUACGUAAGGAAUUGUGUUUACUAAAAGAUGAAUGGCUGUGUACACUGGAAAGCUUGAAAUGUUGUAAAUGUGCACAAGUUUUAUAUUUGAAUUCCACUUUCUAUUCUAAGUUAUUGACAAAUAAAAACUUAAGUUGUAA